AUGGGUAUGAUCGACGCCAAGAACAGGGUGACGGAGAACCAGCGCUUCUACCAGGCUGCGUACAAGGCUCACACCCGCCUGUGGAAGAUUAACCCCCGAAGCAACUGGUACAUGGCCCCCUACCUCGUCGCCCUCUGGGGAGGUUUCGGAGCUACCCUCUACGCUGCCAGCCGAAAGGUUGCCGGCCACAACACCUGGUUCAGCAAGGAUUAA